AUGCAAUAAGAAAUUUAAGGAGAAGAAAAAAACUAUGAAGUCUAAAUACAAUUUGAAUAAAAUAAUUCAGAAUUGAUUGAAUAAGUAUUAUCAAUAGAUAAUGUAGAUGGGAUUUUGAAAAUGGAUAGCAAUGGUAAAUUGAAUGUAUACAUUAGGAAAUUAAUUGGUAUUAACAUUUAAAAGUAAUGAUGUUAAAAAAGUGGGACAAACUGUUAAUCAUACAAUAGAUUAAUUAUUGCUUGUUCUUGAGACAAUAAAUUAUACAAAGAAAUGA